AUGAUAGCGAAAGACGAGGAGAUUUCGAUACAGGCCCGUGCCAUGCGGUCAUACAUGAGUAAUUCUAGCAGCGAUCGACUCAUCUGUCGGCCGAGACACUCGUGCACACCGACUGAGCCCCAUUCCAGCCAAGAGGUUAAACCAAGGCAUUAUGAUUGCUUGCCCAGGAAAGUAUCUGAAAAGGACGAUCGGGACACAUCCGGCGGCAGUCUCCCUGCUUUCAGCAGGCCACCCUUCGCGAUCCCCUCCGCGGCACGGGCGUGGAUACCCUCACCGCCGAUCCUCCCCAGUUCCACAGAUAUCAAAUCCACCGGGUACGACACGGUCGCAUUCGAGCCCUACCGCACCCUCCGCCAGCUCCGCGGCCAAGACAUCAUCCCGCACAGGGACCGCUUCCAGGGCUUGCUUCCCCUGCUCCUGAAAUGCAGUUCCAUACGCAGCUGGAGCCCCUCCAUGAGCAGUGCGCAUGGUCCAGGCCAAACAGUCGAUUGUACAGCAAACUUCUCGCCGCCGAUCCCGCGCUGCCGUGGGAAUUCUGCCUUCGAGACCGCCGCCUUGGAGUGCGAGCGGGGCUGGUUGCUGGAUCCCUUCUUCCGCGCCCACUUCUCCCCGGUCAUGGAGGGCAUCCUGGAGCGGACGGAGGAUCAGCACGUGCACUUCGUCGAGCCGGAGGACUUCGGGCUCGUGGUGGAGCUGGCGAAGCAAGUGGUGCAGCGGGGGUUCACCCGCGUGUCGUCGACGGGGAGCAUAUAG